AUGAUCAUCGUGAAUCAAGGAGCUAUCCGAUACGACCUCGUCAAGGGACCCUUCACGGUGGAUGAUUCCUAUAUUGUGUGCCCUUACACGCAACCAUUCACAUAUAUCCCCGACGUCCCUUACUCGCAAGCUUCGAAAGUGCCCGAAUACAUCAACAAUUUGAAAAAGUCCAAGCGGUCUCUAACCGUCGACACAAUAUCAAGCCAAAUGCUCGGCUACGAUGAGUGCGACAACCCCUCGCCUCACAACGCGACUGAGAUCCUGAAGCCAAAGUCCUCUUCGGACGUGUUCUUCACGCACACACGCCCACACCGGGCUACGUAA